GGCUAGGACUACGUGGAGGGUGGAACGAUAGAGUUAACUCCUCAUCCUCGUGCUCCGCAGACCUUAAAGAGUCGGAGUGCACAUCCUUUUCUUGUAUUUUAGUUGUUGGAAAGGAGAAACCAGAGUGGUCAGAUCAGUGUGUGAAGGGUUGGUCGACAUGGUGGGAGACUACAGAUGAUGAAACAUUUGGAGAACGGAACACUACACCGACCACAGUUCCUAAAACGGACCGCAAGGCGAACACGGUGAUUAUGCCCAGCGCCGACUCAGCAGUGAGAAGUUUAUCAGAAGUCGAAAAAUACCUCAACAGCCGGAACGACAUGGCGGAACGGAGCAGUGGCGAAGGGAACUCCCAGAACAUUCCGGAGUCGAUGCAUCGCGGCAGCUCGGAAAACAACCUGGAUCUGGACCUGAGCGACAUCCCAGACUCCCAACGCUACCUCGACUCCUCCCACCGCAGCCUAGACUCCUCCUACCGCUCCCUUCCCCCCGGACUCAACAGCCUGCAGCAGAAGAUCCUCAGGGUGACAGAGCAGCUGAAGAUUGAGCAGGAGUUGCGAGACGACAAUGUGGCAGAGUACCUGAAACUGGUGAACAGUGCUGACAAGCAGCAGGUGGGGCGCAUCAAGCAUGUGUUUGAGAAGAAGAACCAGAAGUCAGCCCACAGCAUUGCCCACAUGCAGAAAAAGCUGGAACAGUAUCAUAAAAAGAUGAAGGACAGCAGUGAAAAGGACACCAGCUCCAAACACCACAGCAUCUCUAAAGAGAGCUCCAGGGACAUGCUGAGCCACACCGUGAGCAAUGUGAGCAGUGGUAGUGGACGACACCCCCUGGACAAGAUCAAGACAGUAGGGCCUGGCGUCUCGCUCUCGCCACCCUUCUUUUUCAGCAAGCCCCGGGACUUUGCUAACCUCAUCAGGAACAAGUUUGGCAGUGCCGACAACAUCGCUCACCUGAAGACCUCCCUCGACACGCCCUCUCCCUUCCACUCUGAAGGAACUGGGCGGGCCUUGAGUGGGAGCGCCACCAUAGUGGGCGGGAAGACCCCCACCCCCGCCGCCACACCCACGCCCAAGUACACCAGCGAUGACGAGUGUUCCUCGGGCACAUCCCUGUCGGCGGACAGCAACGGGAACGCAAUGGCUCUGGGCGUUGGGUUGGGUCUAGAAGUGGGUGUCGGGGCUGUGGUGACCCCAGGGCAGAUCCUGGAGGCUGGGGACAGCCAGGGGAGGCUGGGCCUGACCACGGAGGAGGUGAGGGAGAUCAGGGAGGCCCAGGGGCAACUGGAGGAGGACAUGGAGGGAUUCAGAACCCAGUUCAAGAAAGACUAUGGCUUCAUCACCCAGACGCUACAGGAGGAGAGAUACAGGUGUGAGCGGUUGGAGGACCAGCUGAAUGAUCUGACUGAGCUCCACCAGGCCGAGACAGCCGACCUGAAACAGGAGCUGGCCAGCAUUGAGGAGAGAGUGGCCUACCAAGCCUACGAGAGGGCUAGAGACAUACAGGAGGCGCUAGAGUCAUGCCAGACGCGCGUCUCUAAACUAGAGCUCCAGCAGCAGCAGCAACAAACCGUCCAGCUCGAGUCCCGUGAUGCCAGGGUGCUUUUGGGUAAAAGCAUCAACAUCAUGCUCGCCAUUGUCACCGUGAUCCUUGUAUGUGUCUCCACGGCCGCCAAGUUCGCCGCUCCCCUCCUGCGGAGCAGACGCCACGUUAUGGGAACCUUCCUGGGCAUGUGUCUGCUGGCGCUGUUCUGGAGGAACUGGGAGAGUCUACAGUGUGCUGUGGAGAGGGUCCUGGUGCCAGCCUGAGGGGGACAAUAGUCUAAUGCUGUCCAUGCCAUUCACUGCAACAAAUGAUCUACUUACUGAUCUCAGAACUCCAACAAAACAGCCUAUUUAUAAGUGGUAAAAUGCAGAAGGUGCAUAGUGCAAAAGAAGUCCGAUGGGGGAAAAUGGAGCUAGCAAAGCAUGGUCACUGACUGGUUAAUCUCAUCACCCAGAAUAACACUGAAUAUCACGGCAAUGUGGGGUGAAUGAACACACAACGACAGACAUUAUAACAACAGCAACUACAACCACACUGCUAGAGAAUGUUCCAGUCCUUGAUCAGUGCUGUUUCUUGCAAUGUUAAGGUUGAUUCGCUGCACCCAGAAACAAGUCUCGCAGUGUUAAGUCCGUCAUGAGAGACUAAUGACUGUUUAAGAUAUAGGUUCUCCAUUGGUCAGAAGAGGGGAUGCUGUCCACAACACACUACAACAAAUAAUUUCCAGACACAGUCAGAUCACGUGCAUAGUGCAGAAGAAUUGCAAUAGAGCAAGCCUGAUGGGGGAAAGAUGGGAGCUGGGUAAAGCAUGGUUACUAACUGACUGACUGUUCAUUAUAUAGGAUCUCAAUCUCCAUUGUCUCUGACAGGGUUGGUGGGUUGGUCACGGCACACAAUCAUCAGAGGGCACGGUUGCAUCACGGUUGUCUUACGGUCACAGAGGUUCAUGGUUCGUGGUUCUUCACCCUAUCCACGCCAUCAAUACACACACACAAACACACACACACACACACACAACUCAGCCUUGAUGCUCUGCUCUCCCAACAUUCUACUACAGAGACUAUAGUUCACAAGACAGGAGUGAGGGAGGCGGACAUCUUUUUAAAAAUCUUUUAUGUCUUAAGGUUUGUGUCUUACAGCCAAUCCGCAUUCCUUCUUUAUUACCUUGCCUGCAGUCAGAAGUUUGUCAGCCAUUUUUUAAAACUGUUGUUGACUUGGUUUGUUUACUUCUUUUAUUGGAUACAUUUUAAAAGUGAAAUAUGUUCGAUAGAUUUUUUUAACGACCACUUGUUUGUUUGUUUUUAGGAAAGAAUGUUCUCUGUUUCCCUCUAGAUGGAUAAGUGACGGGAUGCUGUCUGAAGGUUGGGGGUUUGGGGGGUUAAAAAAAAAUAUCUAUAUACAAACUUAGACGAACAACAACUUACAGACACACACAAACCAUGACUACAUCUCCUCUGCCCAGACCAGCAUGUUCACACCUCCAUCCCUACUGCCUGCAUUAUUGUUUGCCACUUGGCCGUAAAUUGUACCCAUUUGUUUUUCUCAGUCGCCCAUGCUAUUUCAAUAUUUAAAUAAACGGAAUUCCAAUAGUAAUAAUUAAUGUGAUAGAGAAAGUAGGAGGGACUGAUUGGGUAAUUUGCCAAUUGAUCGAUGUGUGUUGACCUUCAAGAGGAAAUUGUGGACUAUCUAUAACACUGUGAUAUGAGGCAUUGGGUUCUUUUACUGUUCCUCUGAAACUCUUUUUCUGUUCCAAUGGGUGAUAGGCUAGCUACUCUAUUACAAUGAGAAGCAACUGAGCAUUGAGCAGCCUUGCAUACUCCACAGUGGACAGAGGACACUACAGGUUUGCAAAAGGAGUCUAUUUUAUGGACGUGUGUGGGUGUGGAUGUGUGUGUGGGGGGGGGGGGGCAUGCAUGAGGACUAGUAUCUGUAUGAAGACUUAACAUGACAAAUAUGGACAAUAUCUAAUGUUUGUUUGUUGUAAUAACAUUUCCUCUAUUUUGUUUGUUUGUGUUGACCUAGUCAGUCACAGACAGGGUUGUUGAUAUUUACCUGCUGCUGACUGUAUGUAUACAGUAUGAGAUUACAGCCCAGUUUAAGAUGGUGCUAGUGUUGCAAUACUCAGGUAACUUUCCCAAAAUGUCCAUGUUUUCCAGAAAUCCUGGUGGGAGGAUUCCUAAUUCCCUGCUUAUUCACAUUUUGAUUCCAGGAAUCUUCCAACUGGGAAUUUGGGGAAAAUUACCGGAAUUUUGCAACCCUAGAAGGUACUUGCUUGGUUCAAUGAAUCGCAAACAAACCGCAACGUAAUUACGACGCAAUUAUUACGUAAUUACCGUUUUACCGUUUUAAUUUCUAACUACAGUACCUGCUAAACGGGACUGCAGAAAUUCUUUGUGUUCCUCUGUUUUGAUACACCUGAAGAAUUUACCUGAACAUGGAUUAGAUUAAUUACAGAGUCUUAUUCAUCUUCAGUGCAUAAUAAUAUGAUUUACCUGUUCUCAUGUAUUAUGUGCCUUCCUGUAUGUGACAAUUCUGUUUAAAUUAAACAAAAUAAAAUGUUAUCAACAAACCACUCCAUGA